AUGGCUAUAUCUUUCAAAGAGGCAACAGCUCUUGUGACCAUACGGGAAGGCUUUGAGGCAACGAAACCACAGAAGAAAGAUCAUUCUUCUAAGGUUGAGAAGCCAAAAAAGUCAAAUCCAGUAUUGGAAACAACCGUCCCCCCAAUAGUGUCUAAGGGGUCCGGCUUCACACCAGUGUUCCGGGAUGCGGAGAGUUUUCUAAACUUGAUGCUGGACGUUGCAGAAAUUGCUGCAACAGCUGCCAACUCCGACGAAGGGGGUCAAAUAAAGAGGGAAGGAACCGUUGGAAAACCAAAAUGGCGAAUCGCAAAGGCAGAUUGGAUAAAAUUUACUGAAAACUGCUGGCAGUGGGACGUAAAGGAUAUACAGGACGCCGAUGUUGAUGUCUACGCCAACAAUGUCACCAUGGUCCUCAUGGAGGCAGCCAAGGACGCUAUGCCUAGAACCUCUGACUUUCGACACAAAGGUACAUGGUGGCCUGGUACAAUAGCAGAAAGAACUGCUCCUAAGUCUUAUGUAGUAGUUCUACGUGACGGUCGUGUAUGGAGGAGACAUAUUGAUCAAAUGAGGAAGGGAGACAACUCUCUUGAAGAUAAUGUGAUAGUUGAAAAUAGUGAGGGAGAGAAUACAGAAGUUAAUAAACCAAUGGUUAAUUCUCCAACAGAUUCUACUACAGUACAACUGGGGGUACACAAACCUGAUAAUUAUAGUCAGUUGAAACAUCAUCAGCAGACUAGUUUACCAAGAAGAGUAAGAUGGGAAGUAGUAGAUAAUAAUUGUGGUGAUAUGAACAGUGCAGCUGAUAGAUCUAGUAGCAAUAGAAGUGAUGUAUAUCCAAGGAUGUCAACGCCUAAUUCUAGAGAACCAGAUAAACAUAUAACUACACCAUGA